UACACAGUACAUCCCUCCCUCAGCUGAUGCGACUGCAGCCUGUGAACUCAUCCACAUUGAAGCGUCCCAGCUGCAAACAUCUCACCCUCAGUCUCUUAUCAUCAUCUCAGGAGACUUUAAUCAUGCAUCGCUCUCUGCCACUCUCCCCACGUUCACCCAGUACGUGACCUGCCAUACCAGACACAAUAAAACCCUGGACCUGCUGUAUGCAAACAUCAAGGAUGCAUACAGCUCCUCCCCCCGCUGGGCCACUCAGAUCACAACCUGGUGAGACUGCAGCCCAUUUACAUACCUAUGGUGAAGAAACAACCCCCCACCAUCAGGUAUGUGAAGAAGUGGUCUGACGAGGCCACUGAGGUGCUGCAGGACUGCUUUGAGACCACAGACUGGGAUGUGCUGUGUGGUCCACAUGGGGAGGACAUUGAUUCACUGACUGACACUAUUACGGACUACAUUAAAUUCUGUGCAGAGAACAUCGUACCGACCAGGAAAGUACGGUGUUUCUCUAACAGCAAACCCUGGGUGUCCCUGGAACUGAAGGCCCUGCUGAAGGAGAAAAGGAGGGUUUUUGGAUCUGGGGACAAAGAGGAGCUGAGGAGGGUGCAGAAGGAGAUAAAGACGAAGAUCAAGGCGGACAAGGCCAGCUACAGGACCAAGAUGGAAUCUUACCUGCAGGACAAUAACACAAGGGAGGUCUGGAGAGACCUGAGAUCCAUCUCUGGUUCCAGCAGAGGCCAUGAGAGGGGAGCUGCAGCAGGAGGCCGGGAGUGGAUCAAUGAGCUGAAUCUGUUCUUUAAGAGAUUUGACUCUGCUCCCACUCCUCCCCCCUCUCAUCAAAGCACCGACCAGCCAACUCCUUCUUCACACCUCAGCUCUCUACCACCAACACCACCACCACCUCUCCUCCAUCCUCCACCACCUCCGGACUCUACAUACAGCCCCAUCACCCCUCCUUGUCUCACCCCCCACCACCACCAUCACCCCUCCCCCUGCCACCCUCCUAAAUAUUAUUACUACUGUUCUAUUAUUAUUUUAUUUCUACUACUACGUCUAUUGCUACAUAAACUGCUGUAACAAUGUGAAUUUCCCCUGGCGUGGGGAGAAAUAAAGGACUUAUAUAUAUUGCCAUGUGGCAAAACCUAAAUGCCAGAUGGCAAACCAGAAAUGCCAUGUGGCAAAAUGAAAUGCCAGAUGGCAAACCAGAAAUGCCAUGUGGCAAAAGGAAAUGCCAUGUGGCAAAACCGAAAUGCCAGAUGGCAAACCAGAAGUGCCAUGUGGCAAGACCGAAAUGCCAGAUGGCAAAAAUGCAACGGCACAUGGCAAACCUGAAACGGUAUAUGGCAAGGAUGAUGGCGUGUGGCACUGUAUUCCACUGGUAAUGGCGUAUAUAAUGUCACUGGUCACAAUCAACCAUGUGGCGGUGGUGGAUAAGUAGAGGAAUUAAAAAUGGCGUGUACUGAGUUUCAAUUCUGAGUCAUCUCUCUGCAAUCUCUCAUCUUUCACCUAAGAAACCUCUAAAACUGUGUCAUUGUUGACAUGGAAAAAUACACCAACGACGCCCCCUACUGGCAGAUAUCUGACCGUGUGAAAGAAGCACAGUUUUUUCAUACAGCGGAUAUUUCAGUGAAAAAAUAAGUAUCAUCUGUACAUACACGCAAGGCCUGUCCCUGCCUUUAUUAGUAAUAUUAUUACUACCAAUCGCUGUAGAAUUGGUAGAUGUGGUGCAAACUGUGUGGCUUAUAUUUCACAAGUGAAACUGUAUAUGGCUGAUUUCAAAAUUAAAAGAAUGUCUUUAUGACCCUUAAAAAUGACAUGCAACUGUAACAGUUUUAAUAUAGCGCUAUUAAUAAUGUACAGUCGUUCAUAAAAAAACAAAAGUGCAAGCAUACGUCUUGCGAUUGCACACACACACACACGCACACACACGCACACACACACACACACACAGUAUAUACAGUGUAUAGACUAUUAGGGCAUAUGGCCGGUUAAGGCUAGGCUGGCUCCGGUGUCUAACACGGUUAGCCUAGCCACCUAACACGGCCUGUGACGUUACGGUACUCAUCGGCGGUCAUACGUGUACAGACGUCAGUGUGAGAAACAUAAAAAAUAUAGUAAACCUAAAUCGCACUGCACGUGAAUCAAAAGCACAUUGCAUGACAGUAUUUUGUGACUAGCGUCAACAAUGAUUAGUCACACAAUUUCGCCAUAUACCAAUCCUGAGUCUGUCAUAAGCCACUGCUGAAUGCCAUAUGGCAAAACCGCUCGGCCAUAUGGCAAAAGCCAUUUUGCCAUAUGGCAAAACCGCUCUGCCAUAUGGCAAAACCGCUCGGCCAUAUGGCAAAAGCCAUUUUGGGAUCUCGCUGUCUCUCCCACUUCAAGUGGUGUAAAAAACGUAGCUCUCCGCUCCCCCGUCACCACGGUGAGUCGUCGAAUCGGGGUUCCAUUGAUGCUGUCUUUUUAUAGUUGCGGUGCACUCUGGGUGAAACUACUCCGAGGUGAUUAAACCAACUCAAAUCAGCCGUUGUGAAACCGAAAAGUCAGAGUUUCGUAUCUCAGAGUAGAUCAACUCAGAGUUCAAGGUUACACAGAGUUUGUUGAACCUGCUUCGUGAAACGGACCCAGGGUUAUUUAAGGGACGGUUUGGGCCCUGAGUUGGACAACGCAGGCACAGAGAGACUUGCAGACAGGUGAAUAAUGGAAAGAGUUUCAUUUAAAAAGAUAACAAAACUAGUACAUAAAUGGAGAGCUGAACUGGGGAAACAAAACUAAACCCAACUAUUCAAAACCCAGCAAACACUACGAAUACAGAAACGGAAAUCAACCAAUACUAAACUGGAUUAACAAAAGUAAACUAAGGAGGAGUACUCACAAGACGGAGAAAAAGGAGUCCAGAAGUGGGGAAGCAGAGUCCAUGAGGGAGCAGAGCGUGUGAAGCCAUGCGAGUCUUUGUGGGAAUCCAAGCCUGGAGAGAAGCAGGUGUCUAGUAGUUUAUGGUCAAACAGGCAAAGAGUCACUAAGCAGAGUUUAAAUAGUGAGCAGGUGAUAUUGAGGGCAGGUGAGCUGAUUACUGCAAUGUGAGUCACCUGCAGUAAUCAGCUGAGAGUGCAGACAGGUGAAGCAGGGAGAGCAAGAGACAGGAACGAGGAGAGAUGACAGACAGAGUCAAGUUGCUUCACCUGCCUGCACUCUAUUUGCUGAUUACUGUAAUGAGUGUCACCUGCAGUAAUUAGUUCACUCCAUUGACUGUUCUCUACCUCACCUCCAGUAUUUAAGCUCUGUGCUUCCAUUCACUCCUCGCCGGAUCAUCGGCUCACAUCUCUCCAUGGCUUCUGCUGCAUUCCUGGAUUGUGGGUUUCCCCACCAAGCCUUCUACUGCUUGUCAGCUUCAGCCUCUUGGACUCGACCGAUUUUGCUGUCCUGGAUUUCUCUCUUGUGGACUCUGUUCAACUCCUGUCUGUUUUUGGAUGCUCCCUGGUCUUCAGUCUGCCAAUUUUGUUUUUCCACUAGCUUCUGGGUUCUCCUAGCCUGCCUAGCCUUUAGCUCUGUUUUCCCAUGGUUGUUGUAAGUACAUUGCUGUGUUGUUUGGUUGAGGUUAUUCCUGUUUAGUUUUGUGGUUUUUGUAGGUUUGGUAGUGUAGUUUGUUUUAGUGUUGUGGUUUAGUUUGUCUGCUGGGGCUUCCGUUUCACGAAGCGGGUUCAACAAACUGUUUUUGGUUAAAUCAAGUCUGAGUAGUUUCCCCUGGAGUUAAGCACGUGCACCACAGCUCUGAAAAGCCAGUAUCAAUGGAGUGCCGAUUUGACGAGUCACCAUGGCAACGGGUAAGCAGAGGACGACACCGUUUGAAUUGGAAAUCUUAAUGCGCUUAUGUAGCGAGUUUGAACACGUUUUUAGAAAGAAGUGCAACACCGCUGCAGCUGCAAAUGAGAGGGAAACGGCGUGGGAGAGCCUUGCGGCCCGGGUCAAUGUGUAAAUUGAAACCACAAUAAUAUUGCAGGAGAAAAGUGUUUAAUGGUAAUCUGUUGUGUUAUUUCAUUUAGGUGCAAGAGGGAGACGGCCUGGGAGAGCAUUGCUGCCUGAGUCAAUGUGUGCAAUCCUGUGAGGGAGAAGUGCAUGUGGCAAACAGGUAAGAAGUAUUUAUCACUGGAUAGAGAAAUUCUGGCCAUUGCAUUACCUCCACUGUGUGUUUGUUGAGUCUUCUCCUCUACAGGCUGGGGACCUGGAACCUUUGACUGAAUUUUAAGUAACUAUACACUGGCUAUCUUUCUAUCUUUCUGUCUUUCUAUCUGUGGCACAGAUAGCUAGACAGCUAGCGGAGCUAACUAUGAUUGAUAAAGUUUUCUGCACAUCAUAUUUACUAACAAACACCAAAACCUGAACAAUAUAUACAAAUGCUAUGUGUUACAUUAAAUGUAUAAAUUGACUCACUUUGUGUGGCUAAUACCUUACAAAUAGUCUGUAAACCUUUAAUUGGUUUCAGAUGUGAACGUUUCACUAUACACUGCUAAAACUCUAUAUGCUAGUACAUUACCAAAGGAAGCAAUCAUUAUUAACACACAAAGAUGUGAUUUAAUAUUAUAUAUUUAUUUGUUGUCUUUAACCCACUUCUCAUAGGUUGGCCUAACAACAAAAUAAACCCUAUCCUUUCAUCAAGAUCUUGUUACUACAGAAAAGUACAACUUCAUCCUGUGACAUCCAUGUACAACUCCAUACUUUAAUUUCCUCUAUAUAUUUUCAGUUAUCACUAACACAAAUUGACAAACCACUUACUCAAAAUCAAUCACACACCACAAAUAAAUAUAUGCAAUACUUCAACCACCAUAUUACAAGGCCACAUCUACAAAUGUAAACAUUGCAACACAACUUAGACAUGGCUGCAUGUUCACACUUGAACUAUGUAAACUAUCGGAAAAACAAACUAAACUAGCUCUUUCAUUUGUAUGAAAUAAAGAAAAAGGAUGCACUAUGUGUCAUGCAAAAGUUAAGUUAUUCUUCUUGCUAUACUUCUGUUUUUCUGUCCCCCGACUGCUAUUGUUUUCUUUAAUGCAAUUCUGACAAUAAACUUUUGUACCUUUUGCA